AUGCCGAGCCCUUCGAGCAUCAUCUACCACAUCUUCCACCCCAAUGAACUACGGUCAAUCAUUCAAUGGAAAGUCUGGCACAACCCCGUACACGAGCGCCAGGAAGCGCUCGAGUCUGCGUCGCUCAAGCGAUGCUUCCACUUCCUCGGCCUGACUAGCCGCAGUUUCUCGAUGGUCAUCCUGGAACUACAUCCCGAACUACUGGUCCCCAUCGCACUGUUCUACCUCGUAUUGCGCGGCCUCGACACUGUGGAGGAUGAUAUGACUAUACCAUUGGAGAAGAAGGAGCCUAUCCUGCGCAACUUCCAGAACUUCUUAGACCAGGAAGGCUGGACAUUUACUGAAAAUGGCCCCAACGAAAAGGACAGGCAGCUUUUGGUGGAGUUCAACGUGGUUAUUGAGGAGUUUAAGAAGAUCAAGCCGGCGUACCAGGAGAUUAUCAAGGACAUCACAAAGCGCAUGGGUAAUGGAAUGGCAGACUAUGCAAACAACGCCGAGUUCAACAACGUUGGGGUCAACACUAUUCAGGACUAUGAGUUGUACUGCCAUUAUGUUGCAGGCCUCGUCGGAGAGGGAGUCACUCGAAUGUUUGUCGAAGGUGGUCUUGCUAACGCGGCACUGCUUCAAAAGCCAGAGCUCAUGGAAUCCAUGGGCCAAUUUCUCCAGCAAGUCAACAUUACUCGUGACAUCAAGGAGGAUCUGGAUGAUGGACGACGAUUCUGGCCAAAGGAGAUCUGGUCCAAGCAUGUCGACAAAUUUGAGGACCUUUUCAAGCCGGAAAAUAAGGAGAAGGCUCUGGCGACAAGCUCGGAGAUGAUUCUCACCGCGCUGAACCGUGCUGAUGACUGCCUUUAUUAUCUCGCCGGCAUCAGAGAGCAGAGUGUGUUUAACUUCUGCGCUAUCCCACAGUCCAUGGCUAUUGCAACGCUGAAUGCUUGCUUCCAGAACUAUGACGUCUUUCAGAAGAAUGUGAAGAUCACAAAGGGAGAGGCAUGCCAACUCAUGGUCGAGUCCACACAAAAUCUGCAACUCGUCUGCGAAGUAUUCCGACGAUAUGCCCGCAAGAUUGCGAAGAAGAACAACCCACACGACCCCAAUUUCCUAAAAAUUAGCAUAGCUCUUGGACGAAUUGAGCAGUUUAUCGAAUCAAUAUUCCCUUCGCAGAAGCCACCAGCAGACAAGAAGUCCCCUGCAAGUAUCGAGGAGGCAGAGAAGAAGAGGAAGGAAGAUUACGAAUCCAGGUGGGACUUGAUCUAUAUGGUUGCAGCUGUGCUAGGAACUGUUGGUAUCAUCUCUUGUUUCAUGCUCUUCAUCGCUUGGAUGGCUGGCGCACGCUUCGAUAUUGCUUACUCUGAGGCCAAGCAACAAAUCGGCGAGCUCAUGGGCUAUGCCAGUAAAGUUCCUGCGCAAGUCACAGAAGCCCAUGUGAAGUCUGGACACAGCGAACUAUGA